AUGUCCCCCCUGCAGUGUCCCCAGCAAUGUCCUCCGGCGGAUGCCGGCAUCCAUCUUCCAGGUUCCGUUCUCUGCGACGUCGGGACAUACGGGGGACGGAACGGCGGGAAAUUUGAAAUAAAAUCACAUAGUAUAACAUUCCUGUAUCAAACCAUUUCACAUACAUUUUGUCCCGAGUGCUUUGUCCGGCGCCCUGCCUGCAUUUUUACUGUUCUUUCUGCCUGGAAACUGAGAAACGUCCAUGGCGUCCAAAAAGCGUCCCUUUACGUCAAAAGCGGUUUUAGACCGGCUAGAGAACAGCGAUAGUAAAUCAGAACCACUUGCAGAAUUGA